AUGCCAAGAAAGAAGUCUGCAACCAAAAUUGCUAAAGAGAAGCAAGAAGCGGAAAUUGCCAAAAGAAUUGCCGAAAAUGAAGCAUCAGAAAACCCACUUCCUUUAGAUAUCGAAGAACUGAAAAAGGAACUAAGAGAAGCAGAAGAAGGAGAAAGCGAAGAGUCUGAGGAAGAGGACGAUUAUGGCGAGUUGCUUACAGAGGAUGUCGAAAGUGGCCUUAAUGAGGUUUUAAAAGCUAUUAAAACAGGUGAUCAAAGAUUAUUUGAUUCUAAUGUUAAGUUUUUCAAUGAUGAUGCUCAGGUUACCACAAAAGAUAAAGAGUCUAAACCCAUUUAUUUGAAAGAUUAUCAACGUGAGGCUUUACUUGCAGGAAAAGAAGAGUUUGACUCUGUCGAUGGUGAUAAACCGUAUACUCAGUUACAAAAGGAAGAUAAAGAAAAUCUUAUUAGAGAAAUUCAUAAUCAAUUGGGAGAUGAUGAAGAUGACGAAGACAACGAUGAUGAUUUUUUAAUUAAAAAAGACCCUAAACCGGAAGCUCGGGAAAAGCAGGCCAAGAAAGUAGAACUACCAAAUCCAGAAGAAGUAGGGGGUGAGAAAUUUCUUGAAGCCUUUAUGGAGAACCAUGCGUGGUUACCUAAUAAAGGUACUGAAGUAACUAUGGAUAACGAGGACGAUGACGAGUUUGAUGAAGCAGCCGAAACUUUUGAAAAUGCAUAUAACCAUCGUUAUGAAGACCCCAAUGCCAAUGAAAUUAUUAGUUAUGCCAGAUCUCAGGCAACCAUGAGACGUGAAAAGAUGAACAGCAGAAAAAGAGAGAGAUUAAGAAAACAAGAAGAGAUGCAGAAGGAAAAGCAAGAAAUCAAUGAACAACUAAAGAAAAAGAAACAAAAGAAAGCUAAUUUAGUUGCUGAUAGAAUGAAAGAAAUCAAAGAAGCUGUAGGCGAUCAAGUAAGUGAAGAGAAAAUUAUCAAAGUAUUUGGUGAAUCGUUAAUGAACGAAGAUUUCAAUGAUGAAGAAUGGGAUUCAAAGAUGGCUCAAAUAUUUGACGAUGAAUACUACGAAAAUGAAGACAAUAACAUUGCCAAGCCAGAAUGGGAUGAUGAUGUAAUGGGAGAGAUCGGUAAUGAUUUAAAGGUUUCAAAAGAAGGAGAUGACGAGGAAGAAGAAGAAGAAGGAGAUGACGAGGAGGAAGAAGAAGAAGAUGAUGAUGAUGAGUUUGGAAAAGAAAAGGGUGGAAAACCAUCUAAAAGUCAAAAGAAGGAAGAAAAAUAUAACAAAAAGCAGGAAAAGAAUAAAAUAAAAGAACUUGCUGAGCGUUUAGUUGAAUCGAAAACUUUAGAUAUUUUAGACGAAGUUCAAGAAGAACGAGGAGCAGGAAAAGGGAAGAGCGAAUAUACAUUCAAAUAUAGAGAAGUAUCACCUGAAAGCUUUGGAUUAACAUAUAAUGAGAUAUUCAAAGCUGACGACAAGUCACUCAAUGAAUUUAUUGGUUUGAAAAAACUAGCCCCUUACAGACCACAGGAGAAGGUGGUUAAAGACAAAAGAAAAGUCACAAAAAGUAAGCAUAUUAAAGAAUGGAGAAAAAAAACCUUUGGUGAUGAAAAAGGUGUUUCUGAAGAUGCCGAUUUAGACAUUAAAAUUCCCUCCAUUGUCUUUGACGUUAACACAACUCGUGGCGAGGGUCCUAAACGUAAGAAGAGGAAGACCUCAAAAAGAAGAAAAGGCUUAUAG